UCUCAAGACUAGCGGCGUUGCGGCUUAAACUUAAACAUGGAACAAUACGUCACGCUGUCGUCCUGUUCACGGCGACAGUGCUGACCUCGGCUCAGAGUUCGGCUCACUCCAUGACCUGACAACUAAAAAAUCUGACUAAUCGUUAUUGUUUGCUGCAUUUGUUUCUCUUGUUCUUUCUUUGUUGGUUCUAAAUUCUAACGGAUACAUUGUAACUAGACUGAUCAUUUAUAAAAAAAAUUAUAAUGCAGAAUUGCAGCUAAUAAUAGGUAACUCAGCCGACUUAACGAAAAUCUGGCCCUCAAUACGUUGGACCAUUGGUUAUGAGUCUUAUGACUUAUGAGUUAUGACUUUAAUAUGGCUCGCCAAUAUGGAAGCAGUUCUGAUGACCCUGGUUUCGCGGUGCGAUAGAAAAAAAGACUAGUCACUAGCGACUACACUACUGAUUCUGGAAAGGAGGAAAAGCGUAAACAUGCAGUCAGUGUCUGCCUUGAUGGUCUUUCGUCCUGUUUUGAUAAAUUCCGGGAAAAAGCUGAAGUGCGUGCGAAUCAAUCCACCGUUGCGAUGCCAGUUUUCGACAUCUUCUUCGCUAAGUGCAGUUCGACUUUCCUACGCGAAAUACAAACCGCAGCGCGCUGCAAGUGCGGAUCAUCCUGUUUUUGUUCUACAUGGCUUAUUCGGAAGCAAGCAGAAUUGGCAUAGCCUUGCCAAAUCCUUCAGCAGCAAACUGAAUCAGACCAUCAUUACCGUCGACGCACGGAACCAUGGGGAAAGCGGGCACGACAGCGACCAUUCGUACGAGGCAAUGUGUGAAGAUGUGGAAGAACUCAUGCAAGAACUGCAGAUAUCUAAGGGAAUAUUCAUCGGACACAGCAUGGGUGGAAAAAUCGCAAUGUGCUUCUCUCUACGGAAGCCGGAUUUGGUUGAUAGCCUGAUUGUCGUGGACUCAGCUCCCGCGACCAGUCCUGGACGAUCGACAUUUGAGAGAUUCUUUGCUGCUAUGAAGAAAAUCCAUUCUAAGCCGGGCGAGAACUUACCAACUCUGAGGAAACGGGCAUUGGCUGAACUUGAACCGGCAAUUCCCGACUUGAUUACUCGACAAUUUAUUGUGACCAACCUCGCUGAUCACAAUGGAAAGAUUGGUUGGCGGAUAAAUUUGAAGGCACUAAGCGAUAACACGGAAAAUAUCAUGGAAUUUCCCGUGUUCCAUAAUUUUUACGGAGGUCCGGUAUUAUUCAUUGGCGGGGGGAAUUCUAACUACAUAACUGAAGUUGAAAUGCCGGAAAUCAAGCGUUUGUUUCCGAAAGCCCAAGUAGAAACGAUUCCUGAUGCAGGACACUGGGUACACUCGGAAAAGCCUCAUGAGCUUACGGAAGUCAUCGUAAACUUUUUGAAAAAUAAAGAAGACCACCACUGAUGAAAUUUUCGCUGAUGUUAAGGUUUGGAAAGAUUAUGAUACGAAUAAGGGAGAAUUAGAAUUUUCACGAUAAAUGGAUUUCGAUUAUUUUUUGGAAGUGCCAUUAUAUUAAUGUUGCAUCAAUUAUAAUCUCCUUUCAUGUUUUUCUCGUGGAUCAGUCGCGGCGCAAGCGGUGUGGCGAUGAACUUGAGAAAUAAACUGUGCCUUUCGUCAU